CCAUGUUCCAGGAUGCAAAUACUGCUUUGUGAGCAUCCGAUGUUUUCCCCUAAAGAAAGACACUGAAGUUGUACCAACUUCUUGCUGCGUUUGUUCAUGGAAGCUGUCUGUAGGUUUUUGACAUUUCCUUUUACGUAGUAUGUCAUCCCUAGGCACCACAUGCAGAACUCAGCAGAUAAAUUUUAUGUUGGAAUAUGUAUUUUUUCACUUGUAGAUGAAGUACGUACAGGCACAUAUAGGCAGUUGUUCCACCCUGAGCAGCUCAUUACUGGGAAAGAAGAUGCAGCUAAUAAUUAUGCCAGAGGCCAUUACACCGUUGGAAAAGAGAUUGUUGAUCUAGUGUUAGACAGCACGCGCAAAGUGGCUGAUCUGUGCACUGGGCUGCAAGGUUUCCUUAUCUUUCACAGUUUUGGAGGAGGCACUGGUUCAGGGUUUACAUCUCUGCUCAUGGAAAGGCUCUCUGUUGACUAUGGCAAAAAAUCUAAACUAGAAUUUGCAAUUUAUCCAGCACCACAGGUUUCUACUGCUGUAGUGGAACCUUACAAUUCAGUUUUAACUACGCAUACAACACUGGAGCAUUCAGACUGCGCAUUCAUGGUAGAUAAUGAAGCCGCUUAUGAUAUAUGUCGUCGCAACCUGGACAUAGAACGUCCCACUUAUACCAAUUUAAAUCGACUAAUUGCGCAAAUUGUUUCAUCCAUCACAGCUUCACUACGUUUUGAUGGAGCCCUUAAUGUAGAUCUGACAGAAUUUCAAACUAACCUUGUUCCGUACCCACGAAUCCAUUUCCCCUUGGUAACAUAUGCCCCUAUCAUCUCUGCUGAAAAAGCCUACCAUGAGCAGUUAUCCGUGGCUGAAAUUACCAAUGCUUGCUUUGAACCAGCCAACCAGAUGGUAAAAUGUGACCCACGUCAUGGUAAAUACAUGGCCUGCUGUAUGUUAUACAGAGGUGAUGUUGUCCCUAAAGAUGUCAACGCAGCUAUCGCUACUAUCAAGACUAAACGUACCAUUCAGUUUGUGGAUUGGUGCCCAACUGGAUUCAAGGUGGGCAUUAACUACCAGCCUCCAACUGUGGUGCCAGGUGGCGACCUUGCAAAGGUGCAGAGAGCUGUAUGUAUGCUGAGUAAUACCACUGCCAUUGCUGAAGCAUGGGCUCGUCUCGACCAUAAAUUCGAUUUGAUGUAUGCCAAACGUGCCUUUGUACAUUGGUACGUUGGGGAAGGAAUGGAGGAAGGAGAAUUUUCCGAAGCCCGGGAAGAUCUGGCUGCCCUUGAAAAAGAUUAUGAAGAAGUUGGGAUAGACUCUGUAGAAGCAGAGGCUGAAGAAGAGGAUGAAUACUGAAAAUGCGGAAGUAAUAGAAAGUGUGUUCUGUAACAGCAACAAAUGAAUUGCAGAAUCCUGUUCGCUUGCUUGCUUGUUUUCAGAUGCACUUUUAAAUGUUGUACUGUUCCUUUUUUUCUUUGUUACUGUUUACACACACAGUUGCUGCGUAAGAACCGUUUGAAAUUACAGUUCUUGGUAGCAUCUAGUCUUGCACAACGUAAAGAUUAAAUUACAAACUUGUGUACGUGUCUGUAACACUGUAUUUAUCUAUUUAUCUAUUUAUCAAUUGAUCUAACUGUAGUAAGGGUAAGUGCCAUUACACUUUUGGUCUGAACUAGAAUAUUUGCUAAAAGCACCAAACUUGCUACUUAAAAAAAUAAAAUUAAAAAAAAAAAUGGGGAGACUCAGCAGACCAAAGGUAAAAUUUUCCAACCAGCGUGCCCCCUUACACUCAGUUCCACCUUAGAUAGAAGGAAAAGAAAAUGUCAGAUGACCUGCUUUACAAUAGUCAUGUUUUGAAUUCCUACACUGACCUAUGAAAUACUUAUGUGUCCUUUAAUGCACAACUCUGUGGACACUGUAAGCUUUGAUCAGUUAAUAAAAAUUGGUCUUUUUUUUUUACCUGUUCUUACUGUUGGCAGAAAAUACAACUUCUG